AUGUGGAAUUGGCGAGAUUUGUUGAUCAGUUGUGAAUACGACGGUAGACCGUGUGAACUGGAUGAAGAACCAGUAAUUAUACCGACUGCAAUCAUGCCAGCCAAAGCUGAGAUGAGUGAUUUUCUCAGUGAUUACUCAAACUAUCCCCGGUUGGUGCAAGAAGUAUCUAGCAAGCAGGGUGGCUUACCAUCCACUUGGCCAGGGGAAAUGCCUGAUCCGAACAUGAUGAAUUACGAACCCCCGCCUUGGGAAAGAGGGAAAGUAUACCUGAUGGACCAUCCUACCAAAUACUUGUGUUUUCAAGUUAGUGACGCGCUGGUGUACCUCACAUCCUAA